CGCCCAGCGGGGCGGGGCGGGCCCGGGAAGUCGGCGGCACGGCGGACUCGGUUUCCCAGCGUGCCCGCGGGGAGGGGGUGGCAUGGCGGGCAAGGAUGACACCGGAGUUCGACGAAGAAGUGGUGUUUGAGAAUUCCCCACUGUACCAAUAUCUGCAGGAUUUGGGACACACAGAUUUUGAAGUAUGUUCCUCAGUGUCACAGAAGGCAGAGCAAUGUGCAGCAGCAGAAAGCCAAAGGGAGCAGACUGUGCGUGCUGCCCAGAAGCAAGGCAUCCUGUCAAAACUAGUUGAGUUUUUUAGAAGCUGGUUUCCUUUUCCACAGUAUAAGAAAAAUGAUGACAUACUUCACCGACUGGAUGUUGGAUUUCGAUUUGACACGCUCCGUACCAUCCUGCAACAGGAAGUUCUGCUGCAGGAGGAUGUGGAACUGAUUGAAUUCCUUGACCCCAGUAUCCUGUCUGCGGGGCAGUGUAAGCAACAGGAAAACAGACAGCUUCCAACGCUACGCUCCCUAGCAACUCCUAAUAUUUGGGAUGUCUCGUUGUUUCUUGCCUUUGUAAGUGCACUGCUUAUGUUUCCUUCGUGGUGGAAGGAAUCAUCAUGGCUGCUGUGCGGACCAGUGCUGCUCCUCUAUGCAGUCUUUAGAGUGUGGGGCACCUGGAGGACAGCCAAGCUGCAAAUGUCCCUGCGAAAAUACUGUAUCCAGCUGGAAGAAACAGUGGCGAAUAGCAGAGCCUUCACUAAUCUCGUGAGGAAAGCUCUACGACUCAUUCAAGAGACUGAAGUGAUUUCCAGAGGAUUUACCCUUUUGCUUGACAGGGUCAGUGCCGCUUGCCCAUUUAAUAAAGCUGGACAUCCUAGUCAGCACCUGAUCGGCCUCCGGAAAGCCGUGUAUCGAUCCGUCAGAGCCAACUUCCGAGCUGCAAGACUGGCCACCCUGUACAUGCUGAAAAAUUACCCUCUGAACUCGGAGAGUGACAACGUGACCAGCUACAUCUGUGUGGUCCCCUUUAAGGAGCUGGGUCUGGGACUGAGUGAAGAGCAGGUUUCUGAAGAGGAAGCACACAAUCUGACUGAUGGCUUCAGCUUGCCUGCACUCAAGGUCCUCUUUCAGCUGUGGGUAGGGCAGAGUUCAGAAUUUUUCCGGAGGCUGGCACUGCUGCUGUCCCCAGCCAACGCAUCCCCCAAGCCCUUAGUGUCCCCGGAGCGGCUGCCCCACCACAUCCUGCGCGAUGUCACCCAGGGCCUGCCUCACACCCACGCCGCCUGCCUGGAGGAGCUCAAGAGGAGCUACGAGUUCUAUCGCUACUUCGAGACCCAGCAUCAGUCGGGCUUGCAGUGGCCAGCCAGGGCCAAGCAGGAGUCCAGAGAGCUCAACAGUCUCCAGACAGCAGUACGCAGCUUGCAGCUUCAUCUCAAGGCACUGCUCAAUGAGGUAAUAAUUCUUGAGGAUGAACUUGAAAAGCUUGUUAGCACUAAGGAGACACCUGAGUUGACGACAGAAGCCCAUCAGGUUCUGGAACAAAAACUAAAGUUUAUUCAGCCUCAUAUCCAAGCAAGCAACAGCUGCUGGGAAGAAGCCAUUUCUCAGGUGGAAAAAAUGAGUGGAAGAAACCCAAAUAAAAAAGGCAAAAUUGAAGUUUCCUGUGACAACCUACAGCAUACUACAGUACCUUUAACACAGCCUGCCAUAUACAUAGAAAACAAAGAUCCAAUCCCUGAAGAGCAGGAACUGGAAGCAUAUGUUGAUUAUUCAGAUACAGAUAAUGAAUACAAAAGGGAAGAUUUUUACUGCUUCUCCGAAGAAGAAAGAAAGAGGCAAGAGCGAGAGAGACAGGAAUCUAAGAGGGUGUUACAAGAAUUAAAAUCUGUACUGGGAUUCAAAGCUUCAGAAAUUGAAAGACAGAAGUGGAAACAGCUACUAUUCAGUGAACAUGAUGGAUAUGAAACUGUUCUCCAUGUGUUGCCUCCCCUUUCACACUGCCGUGGCUCAGAUUAUUGGCAGCUUAUCAGAACACAACUUGGCUCAACAGGGUGAGUGCACUGUUAGCCCGUGUUACAUUUUCUGAAUUGAACACAGGAUUCUGAAAAAGUGACUACUAUUUAGAAGACAAGGAAAAAAGUGUCUCUGUUACAAAGUGGCUUAUUGUAAAAGGGUUGAAUGGGACCAAAACUUGAAUACUUUCAUGUGAUUAACAUAUUUUGACCUUUGUACCUUCUCAGCUUUAAAUCAUAAAGGCCUAAUAAACAGUUUGCUUUAGGGAUGCAGUUGUAUGACAGCUUAAAUCACUUAGUGGCUAUGAAAUCCCAGUCCCUCCUCCAGGCUGGAUUUUGUAACACUCAGUGAUUUAGGAUAUAGAUAGGACUGGAAGUGCAUCCAUGCUUUUAACUUGCAGCUGGCUUCCUCAGUCCUAAUGAGGAUGAUGCCACUCAUUAUUUUCCUCACUCAUUUUGAUUCCUUUUGUUAUUGUUCUGGAGGCUUAGACUGCCCAAGGCCAUUUGUGUCUUAUUCCCCAAAGUUUCUAAUAACUGUUUAUGAUACUGCCAAUAAAACUGAAAUUAUUAUGCAUGUUUUUUUCUACUUACUUGUUUCACCUUUCUGGACCCUCUGAUACCCAUGGUCCUCUCUCUUUACCACCGUUCUUAAAAGGUUCAGAUUUUAAAAUAACACACAAAUUCUUUUUACAUGUAUUUGUAACAGGAGUACCUAGAUCUAGUUCUCAAUUGAGAAUUGAAACAGAAGGCAGGCAAUAUAAUGGGGAGCAUACAGUCAAUACAGUAAUGUGUAGCAGCUCAAAUUUAUACCACACUCUUGGUGUUUAUUGCCUUUUAUAAGUAAUUUUGGCUUACUGAAAAAUAUUUCAAAGCAUUUUUUAAAUAACUGCAAUUCUAGUAGAAGGUCCCAAAAUAAAGUGUCAUUAGAUGGCUUGAUUUGUGUUCAGAUCUUAAUGUUUAAAAAUUACUUCCUGACCUUCUCCAGCUGCAUGGACGAGAACUGAAAAUAAUCUCAGACUUCCAAAAGAGGGUAACCAAUCCUUUCCGUUACUUUGUGCUAUUAAAAAAAGGUCCAUUCCUAAACAAACAAAAAGAGAAAUGUCAGUGCUUAAUAUCUUCAGUAGCUGUUACUGACAGACAGUCAUGCAUUUGAUCUCAAUAGAAGUACCAUAAGUGUAGGCUAUUUAUAAUAUUUGAUAUCUGUGUUUCAAUAAUAAUAAUAAUAAUAAUGAUAAUAAUAAUAAUAGGCUUUAACUGUAUUAUGGGAUAAAAGCCAGAAAUCUACAAACUGUCCUGUAGAUCUUUGAUCCAAAGGCACAGCUGGUGAAAUUUAAACAAGUUCAUGUUGGCUGUUCCUGCACUGCUCAGUAUGACAUUGUAGUCCAAGUUUUUCAUGUCCCAGCAUGAGUGUUCACGGGUGGUCUGCAGGCACCUGUGUGCUUGAGGUCCACAAAGCUUGCAGUGAUCACAGAACAGUGCUGAGUGAAACCUAAAUAGGAACAGGAUGCUUCACAAGCAUUGUCUGUCUUCCUCUAUUGCAGCAUCCAUGCUAUAUGCAAUUCCACUCGUGAACUUUUUCCUUCCCACCUUUCCUUUUCGUAUGCCACACAAACCAAUUGGAGAGGAUUUUAUAGUUUGUUUCUCACCUAUGGGAUUAUCUGUAAUGCACCAGAUAAGUUAUCCCCAACAGAAACUUAAACAUUGUGGCCAAACUGCAAAAGAUGAGGCCUGGGCUGGAGAAGCUCUUCUGGUUUGACCACUUCUGCAGGUUCUCCUGAGGUGGGUGUCCAUGGGAGUGCUGAGUUAGGUGCAAUGACUCUGCAGGUGUCUUUCAAAGCAUCCAGUUUUUACUAGGUCUGUCCUUUUCUCUGAUUGUCUCUCUCUUCCCUCUUAGCUGUCUUCAGCUGUUCUCCAGUAUUCUGUUGCCAGCUGCCAAGGUAUUUGGUCACUUUUUCCCUUCAUUUCUAAGAACUUUGUCUAACCUUUAUGAAACGAUAGGCUAGAGGGAAUCCCUGCCAAGGUGCUGCUGUGCAUUCUUAGUCAGAAACUCAUAAAUAGAAGAGUUCUUAGGGCUGGUGCAAUGUCUGUCCUGGCAUUCCUUCCAGGAAGCAUUGACCUGCAUUUCAGCCUGGCUUCCUAUUUCUUCCUGGGCUUCAGACCAUUCACUUCAGACCAUUUCCUUCCCUCCUUAAUGACUGUGAGAUGGUAAUGCCUCCUCUGCAAGACUGACCCUCGAACAUAUGUUCCUCAUUACCUGAGCCUUAUUGUUCUUUCCCACAGGAGGGUGGCACGUGGCACAGUCAUGGCUGAAUCUGCCUUCCCCUUAACAAGCUUGCUGCUUUCAGCAGCAGGGCUGAACGUGUCCUCUCCAGCUGCUAUGCCAAUGUGCUUGGCUCCACAGCUGCCUGAUCUUGAGCUGGGAUCUAGCAGCUGCGCUUAAACCUUUCCCACUGGUAAAAAGCAUGCAUUUUCAGAAUACAAAUAUUACUAAAUCUCCCUAAAUUAAACCAUUUUGAAUUUUUAUUGAGGAGCAUAAACAAAUCAUUUCUUAAUUUAAGGGGUUUGAAUAAGCUUUAUAAAUAUAUAUAUAUGUGUGUGUAUAUACACACGCACACACACCCCUUCAUGAUGUAAAUGUGUAUUGCCAGGUAUCCCACUGCAAGGCUUUUCUAGCAAAGAGGUUGUAUUUUUCUCAUAUCAAACUAUCCAGUUACUUACUUGAAAGGUAAACAAAAACUUAAUUCUUGCUAUCCAAAGGCAAAAGAAUUGUAUUCUACCAAGCAGACUGUGUGGAAGUAUUUCAAACCUGAUUUUACAUCUUUUUUUAGAAGAGCUGCUUCACUUUGUUUUCACAUAUCAAGGCAUUGCACUUGAGCUGCUGUGAGUGCCUGCAUGCCCAUUCGCCCUGUCUUAAACCUGUCAACAAAUACAUGUUCCUCAACAUCUUCUGCCUGCUAGGUCUUAGCAUUUCCCAAAACAGGGCCUAAAGGCAGCAUAGAUUGCCAAGGAACCACAGAGAAGCGAAAGAAAAGAAUCUUGAUAAGCUGCUGCUUAAUUGGCUAAUAAAUGGGAGCUAAAAUGUAAGAGGAAAUGUUCAAAAGAACAAACUGCAGCAAGAGACUUCUGGCAGGGCAACAAAAGGAAAACACGAUACAUUCUGUAGUUUGCAGACACUAGGAAAGAUCCACAAGUUCUUGUCCAUGUGGAGACAGGAAAUGCUCACCAGACUGGUAGUCUUCAGCACCCUUUUAAAAAGAGCCUCUAUUUUAUUUAUGUUUCAUUUCCACAGAAAGAUUCGGUACUGCUGUCUCAAGCUGUGCGUAAUCAAUCUCUGCAUCUCUUCCUUUAAGUUCUGUGUGAAGUCAGUCUCCUUCCUUCCACUGCACUGAAAAUGCGUGUGCUUCGGCUCUGUGGAGCCUCCCCUGCACCUGCCCUGCCAGUUGCUGAUGCUGCUUUAAACACAGUUCAAUCAAUCGGCCUUAAGGAGGUUUAGAUCAGCAGGUCCUUAAAGCAGGUAUGAAGCCUGGGGGCUGGCUGUGCUAGGGCUCCAAGAACUCAGGUUCUGGGUUGGAUGUGGGCAGUAGCAGGAAGACAUUCCUGGAUGUCCUUGUUGUGAUAGCGUUUCCUGCCUAUGAUAUUUUCCCAAAUUAUUUUGUUUCUCUUUUUUGUUCUUUCAUUUACCUCCGUUUUUUUUCACAUGGAUAUGAGUCAGGACCUAAAGUCUUUUUUUUCUUAUUUAAUCACAUACAUCACCAGGAUUAUUUUUAAGCUAUUUUCAAAUUUGUGCCUGGGUUUCCCCAGUUUCAGAAGUAGUUUUCUCAACUGUAAUGCUAACCACUUUUAAAGUCUUUUUGGUUGCUUCAGCAUAUUUCUUCAGCAUCUGUAAUAAAAUUCUGCCUCACUAAUACCUGUACUAUUUUUUGUCUUUAUUCUGUGUCUCCAGCAGUUGCCUAGGUGUAGUGGAUGUGGCUUAUCCAUCCUCCAAUUAGUAAUGAUUUAAUGGAAUAGAGAAUGCUUAUACAGGGAUGCAAAAAUGCUGUAUGAGCACUUUGCUUGGUUUUUUAUACAGAAUUUUAUUUAUAAUUCUACUUUGAUCCUGAAGAUCAAAUUAAUUUUAAGCAAUCCUGGCAAUAGUUUCUGCAGUAUUUUUUGCUGACUCCUUUAUAUAAGCACUUUAGUAAUGAGCACUGCUUACUCUUUUCUGAAUAGGUGAUGAUUGAAGAAAUAAUGUUUUUCUGCAUGUCACAUGCUUCCUAUUGUACUGUCCCAUCGUCCUUCAGAUACCUCUGUGCUAAGGCAACUGUUGGCAAAACUCCUUUUAACAUCACCUAAAUGCCUGUGUAGGCAGGACUUUAGGAAAAAAAUAAUGUGUCAGUUGAGGACAUUGGUAGCAGGUAGAUCUUUAAUCCAGGAGUGGGGCUUAAGUGCUCUGCAGAUGUUCUACUUGUGUGUGACUCCUAAGAGACAGACUUCCUUUGCAGGCCUUGAAAGUGCUAAAAGAGAGGCUACAGGACUGAGUGGCUCUUUUUAUCUGGAGUUUUGGUUUCCUGGUAGUGCUUAGACUUUUGUAUCAGAACUUAUCAAAGCCUAUGUUCUGCUGCUGUAAGGAACUGUGGCUCAUGCACACUUCCUCCUGUAAACAUUCCCUGAUUUGGUUUUAGGGUUAACAGCUAUUGACCACUCUUCUCACUUAGGUAUGACCCACUCUCACCUAAUUCAUAUCCCCAGGAAAACAGGCUUAAAAGGUUGCUGGGAAGAAGGGAAAUAAUUUGAUCAUGAAAGGCAAGAGGUGAGGUAGUUUUUAAUAUCUUUUUAAUCUUGCUGCCAAAUUGGUGUAUAAUUCAUUGUGCAAAAGGUUUUGCUUACUGUUUGCUGUUUUCAGGUUUGUGUGUUUGUUUUCAUAUUGAAUACCGAACAGAACCAAUUGCUGCUGUUAGAAGGAGACUUGUGUCUACCAAAAAGAAAUCCGUAAUGUUUUCCUUUACUCAGAGACUUCUUGAAUGCUAAUUUGCCUGUGUGCAUACUUCAUAAUGUACCAUAUGCAAAUAUUCUUCAGGAAUUGAUACUACCACUUCAGUCAAUAUUUUCUAUGUUAGAACUGUAUGUUUCCUAUACUGCCAAGAAUGUAUAUAUAUCUAUGAAGACUUAAGAUUGUAUCUUUUUGAGCAAGCCUCUUUCUUCAACCAUCUGAAACUUCCUUCCUGUUUCUCAAGUUUUCUGCUACUUUAUUAGACUCCUGUGUUAUAUUGUGUACUUUUUGUAUCAGUUGUAUGGCUGUAUUUCUUCUUUUUCUCAUUAAAACCUGUUCUUCUCA